GAAAUGAUAAUUAAAAAUAAAAUAUUCCAGCCAUUUGCCGCGUCCCCUUUGCCAAGUGCGCACUUCUCUCGCUCCGGAAUCCGAUCACUUCUUCCAUUCUUUUCUCUCCGCGCCAAUUGGAAAGAGAUGGCGUCGAAGUUGCGGCAGCUUCAGGCCAAGGCCGUGCAAGCCUCUCAAUUUGUGGCCAAGCAUGGAAAUUGUUACUAUAAGCAGUUGCUGCAGCAGAACAAGCAGUAUGUUGUGGAGCCACGCACUGUCGAGAAAUGUCAAGAGCUUUCUAAGCAGUUGUUUUACACACGGAUUGCAAGAGGUAGAUCGUCUAUCUACUGGCGAUCCUGUGUAAUCUGCAUCAAUAUAUGCUUCUGGGGUUACUCCGCAUUCUCUUCUGAAGAGAAUCCCUUUCCUUGGGUUCUCCUUAAGGUAAUGUCGUAUUAUGUCUACAGCUUGCAUAUGAGUUUAUUUUGGAUUUUGAAUGAAUUGGUUGACCAUACUUAUAACAAAUGCAAUUAGUGUGAGAAAGGUAGAUCAAUUUCCCUACAAGUCUUUGAUAAGGUCCCUUAUCAACAUCUAGAUCUUGUUUUGCUUCCUCCAAUUUGAGAUUUGGUUUAUAAGCUAGUUUACCAGUUUCUUUAACAAGAUCAUUGAUGUAUUUUUGCUGUGAAAUAAAAAUUCCUCUGUUGGAGCGGACCACUUCAAUACCAAGGAAAUGUUUUAAUCUAUCAAGUUUUUUUAUAUCAAAUUUCUUAGUAAGACAUUUUUUUAGAAUCACUUUCUUCUUUUCAUCAUUUUCAGUCAAGAUAAUAUCAUCUAUAUAAACUAAUAAUAUUGUGAUUUCCUUUAGAGUUUGAGUGCUUGAAGAAUAAUAUAUGGUCUCCUUGGCUCUGUUGAUAAUCAUUAAGAAGCAUAACAUUUGAGAAUCUUCCAAACCAAGCUCUAAGUGAUUGAUUUAGCCCAUAUAGAACCUUUUUUAACUAACAUACCUUAUCACUCUCAUAUUCUUCCUUGAAUCCUGGUGGAAUCUCCAUAAAUAUUUUGUCCUCCAAGUCCCCGUAUAGGAAUACAUUUUUGACAUUCACUAUUCUAGAUGCCAAUUAUAAUUAGCUGCUAGUGAGAGUAGGAUCCUAAUAGUUCAUCUCGGCCACAUAUGCAAAAAUUUUUGCUAGUCGAUGUCAUAUGUCUGAGUGAACCUUUUUGCUACUAGUCGUGCCUUAUACCUUUCCAAUGUACCACCAGCUUUGUAUUUCACAGAGAACACCCAUUUGCAUUUUACUGGUUUUUUCCCUACCGGUAGGUUGGUGAUCUCCCAGGUAUUAUUUUUCUCUAGGGCCUGCAUUUCACCUUUCAUGAUACUUUUCUAAUUUUUAUCAAAUAAGACAUUAGAAAUAUCAUUAGGAAUAUGAGUAUCAUUUAGUAUAACCAGGAAAUUUUUAUGCGAAGGUGAGAAGUUAUGAAAGGAUACAAAGUUGGUUAUGGGUUACAAGGGAUGUUUUUUUUUUUGAACUGGUGUUUACCUCAAGUUCAGGAGAUGGUUCAGAUUCUUAGAUCUGCUUUGGAGCAUAGUUUGGAUUUGUACGUCUGAAAUAUACUUUCUCAAACUUCCUUUUAUCAAUAAUAACUUUGUCCUCAGUUUCCCUGGCUUUG